UACAACGAGUGAAGCGGAAGUGUGUUCUGGAAAGGAAAGCGAUAGCGGUUAUAACGGGAUAACGGGAGGUGGAGUAUAAGCAGUCGGUCCCGCUUAUUUGAACGUUGGUUGUCAAUUACUCAAACCGAGUCAAAUAUCCGCUUUAAGUGAAACGUCCUGUGGUACCGAGGAAGGAAUAAACUCGCUUCCUUUCCCAACGAAAGUCGUGCGGCGAAAGACGGACGGGUGAGUAGGUGGGAGCGACAUCCGCGCGGACGCACAGCAUCCUCCGUCGGCCCGUUAUAGCGCUCGAGCGUCUGACGCCCGCAGAAGCGAAGACAUUAGCAGGAUGAGUGAAGAGGAGAACCCUGCUGCUGAACCAGCUCCCGUACAAGACGUUCAGGGUGAUGGGCGCUGGAUGUCACAGCAUAACCGCUUUGUGCAGGAGUGUAAGGAUGCUGAACCUGAGGUGUUGUUUGUUGGAGACUCCAUGAUUCAGCUGAUGCAGCAGCGGGAGGUGUGGCGGGAGCUGUUCUCUCCACUCCAUGCAUUGAACUUUGGGAUUGGAGGAGACACAACCUGCAGUGUCCUGUGGAGGCUGCAAAACGGAGAGCUGGAGAACAUCAGACCACGGGUGGUGGUGCUGUGGGUAGGAACCAAUAAUCAUGAGCACACUGCAGAACAGGUUGCUGGGGGAAUACUAGCCAUUGUGCGCCUGCUACACACACACCUCCCCAAGGCAAAGAUCAUCGUUCUGGGUCUGCUGCCAAGGGGGGAGUUUCCUAACCCACUGAGGGAUAAAAAUUUGGCAGUGAACAAUUUUCUUCGUGCCUCUCUCCCUCGAGUGGGACCCGUGCAGUUCCUGGACGUGAGCGGCGGCUUCGUGCACUCUGACGGCACCAUUUCCUGCCGAGACAUGUUCGACUUCUUGCACCUCACAGCCAGCGCCUACAGCAAAAUAGCCACACCCCUCCACGAGUUGCUGCUCCAGUUACUGGAGGAGACCCCUCAAGAGAGGCGGGCCUCUCUCGUCUAAUGGGAGCGGAUUAAAUGGGGCAAAUGUCAGUCUUUGGAGAGGCACGGUUUAAGGGUUUAUAUACUGUAUGGGUAGUGUUGAACAAAUAAGACCAGAGAGAGCUAGAGAAAGAAAUAUCACAUACAGAGAGGGACAGGGAAGGCAGUUAAUUUUAAAAGUGGGAGGAAAAAAACCCCACAAAUAAAUCAUUUCUCCAACUCAAGAAUCGCUGCACAAGGCAAGCAAUUUCUGCAUGGUGCCCCAAAAGUAAUCAGACAACAAGAGUUCAAAGUGUUUGUGUGAAGGAAUGUGUGCAUGUUUAUGAGUGUAUCUGUAUUUGUGAGGACCUCCAUAUCAAGAAUGUUCUCUAAAGGAUAGCAAAAUGUGGAAAAAAGUGGGUCCUUUUGUUGUUUUUUUUAUUGUGUUUACAUAUUUCAUGUUUUUAUUUUAAAACCAUUUAUUUUACCCUUGUGUGCUUAAGGUUUUGGGGUUAUUCUGGUAAAAUGUUACUUGAGUAAAUGUAAGUCUUCACAAAUAUAGUACACUACUGUGUGUGUGAGUGCGCGUAAACCAUAUGUAAACCAUACCAUAAGUCAAGACAGUGCUCUGCCCUGUACAUUAGCUGUUGAGUGCUUUAAUGUAGCAUCAAUACUGCCAGUUUCUAUGUGCCUUCACACACUCAGACGCAAAGAGACGUGCUUGUUUGGAGUAACCCACAAGCACACUUCUGGAAAGAUCUAUAUUCUCAUCCACACGGUAGUGUUAGUAUAUAGUGAAGACUCUUUUCACUGUAUGUCUAUUGAGGUAAUUGUGAGUUCCAGUUACAGUUCUCUCACUCUCUCUCUCUCUCUCUCUCUCUCUCUCUCAAUCUCUUUCUCUCGCUCUCUCACAUGAUUUCAUUUCCCUCUCUGUUCAUCCAGUAGCUGGACACAGGCCCUCUGAGCCUCACCCCACUCAUGAUUUUAUUGGUCAUAGAGUUCAGUCAUUUCUCCACCUCUUUUCCCUGUUGACCUUUGACCUGUGUUCAAAUCUGUUUUAACAGUGGGAGAUACCCAGCACAACAGAACUGCAAAGACCACACCGUCAGCUAACAUCACACUGUGUGGGUGUGGGUGUCUGUGUGGGAGAGAGAGACCAUCAAAGACAAAGCAAUGUUAAAGCUGUGUAUUCAUAUUGCUAAGUAUGGGAAUGUAAUAUGGAGUGUGAGCGUGUAAUCAUAUUUGAACUGAAUUGUGUAUGAGUGUCUAUAGAACCUCCAUGUCUGUAUAUACAUAUAUAAAGGGUCUGUGUAAAAAUGAA